CCUAUUUUUUUUUUUAAAAAAAAUGAAAUGAAAAAUCGUGUCUGACGCUUGUAAAAGUAGCGUAAAUGUAAAUGCCCGUCGGGAUCACCGCUUUAUGCGUUCUCUGUUAUCCAAUCUCUUAAUUUCGAAGGAAACGAAUCGGAGUUCUCAGCUUCUCGACCAUGGGCGGAGGAGUCAUGAGGGCAGCGGCCAAAGUUGCCGGCAUCGGAGUGCUGAAUCACGGACUCCGCGGGGGUAUUCAGGUGGCCCAGCCGGCAGAACAGUCCCUGAUCCGCGGCGCAAAACGUCCAGUUUCCGCAAUCGCAGCGUCGCAGGGCGAGGUAUCUGCUGACGUCGCGCCUGUCCAUAAGGUAUCUUCGGAUAUUGUCGAUGAUUGGGACUGCGUUGAGGAGGAGGUGGAUGUUGUUGGCGAGCCAAUUGGUCGGCUCGUGUUCGGCGGUGUUCCGACCCUGGAGGAGGCCAAGGAAGCAACUAAUGAUUUGAAAGAUGCACUGGAGUCUUUCCUGUCAUCUCCGAGGUCUACCGGAUCCGGUGGUUCUCAUCAAUAUCCACCUUAUCAGAUGUCUGCCCUGCAAUCGCCUUCUAGCUCUGAGCAUGCGGACACUAAAAGCUGUGUCACCCUAGACCCCAAAGCGUCGGCACCAAAAUAUGCAUUUCAGGCCUUCCAGUUGCUCAGUGAAAACCCUGCAGCUAAGUCUGUUGUUGCUUCAAUUGCUUCUGAUCCAAAUGUGUGGAAUGCUGUGCUGAAAAAUGAUGCUCUGACAGAAUUCCUGCAAUCUCAGAAGACUGAUGCUGAGUUACAUGAGUAUCAGCAUCAAGAAUCUCCUAGAAGUUUUGAAUCUACUGUAAAGUUUGAAGAUUUCCCUGAUGCAAGUGAAGAAAGCAGUGGAAGAUCUGUAUCAGAUUUUCUGCAGAGGGUUAAGACAACUGUUGCUGAGAUGGUGAAUAAUGUGUCUGAUUAUCUUCACAAAAUUUUUGGUUCUCCUGCUGCUGAAAAAGCAUCUGCAGAUGCAAAAGAAGAUGGGGGGUCAAUGUUCAACAUUGAUAUGUGUGGAUAUUUUGUUUCUCUGGCAGUUAUGGUUAUUGCAGUUGUGCUGCUGAAGCGAUGCUGAAGCCAUUCUGAAUUUGCCGAUCUUACAAACUCAUGAUGUCUUUCUGUCUUUAUGAUUUAGAUCCCAUGAUGGGAAAAUAAUUGAUGUUAAAACGUAUAGAUUAAUGGAUGGUAAAAGACUAUCGCUGGUACUUUGAUUUGGAUCAAUAUAUUAUAUCAGUUCUC